AUGAAAAGUUGUAUUCCUAACACAGAAUUCACACAAGAAUUUGAGAACAAAUUCAAAAAAAUAAUAUUUGGUGUCCUUUUCUUCACUGCUCUCUACGCAUCGGAAGCGAUGACUAUAAGAGAGUCAAACUCCGACCCGAUUAAAGAGCACCUCUUGAAGGAAGUGUCAGACAUUUUAGACGAGACGAGGAAAGCGAUCGACACUUUGGCAAAGACAGGGAAAGAAACGCUCAGAAAUGGGUUGACUAAAGCCAUUGCAAUCGCCAAAGAGUUGGACACAAAAGUGAAAGCAUUGAAACCCGAGACUGAUUUGGGAAAA